GGUUUUGGAGUGAGAGCCAAAAUUGUAUAGAUUAUCAGCAGGAACCAAAUUUGCAGGGCAUAAAGUCUAGUCAGGGUUGCAGGGAAUUCCCUAAGAAUGAUCUUGUAAGUAACCCUUAUGGUGAUUCAUGGCACGAUUCAAAUGGGUUCUUCCAGAAUUCUAGCGGGGUUUAUGGGAGAAAUGCAAGUGAAAAUCAGAAGACUAUGGGUAGUCAAGAUGGGAACUUUAUUGUGUAUAAUGGGGAGAAUUCUGGGAGGUCAGAGAUAAAUCGAAAUGCGGUUUAUACAAAUAAUUCAAGUGGUGUGGAGCAGAACUCAAGAGGGUUUCACCAGAAUCAUGGUGGUGUGCAUUUGGAAAGCAUGGGAACGGAAUUUCAUACCUAUUCAGUUCAGCAGAAUGAAAAUAUUGGUGGAUAUGGGGGUCAUUCCCAGGGGGUUACUCAAUAUGUUGGUAACAAGACCAUACAGCAGCAGUACGGCUCUUAUGGGGAGGGGCUUAUGGCAGCGAGACAGAACACAAGUGGGUUUAGUUCAGAAAGAUUUUCAGAUUCUCAGGGAAGCCUAGAUAAAAAUUAUGUGCAUAACAACUGGUAUUUUCAGCAAAACCAAAAUUAUCUCUCCACAGUGGAUGCUGUAAUGUAUCAGCAGAGCCCAAGUUACCAGCAGAAUCCAAAUGCUCCACAGUAUCUGCAGAAAUCAGAUGAGAUUCAUAAUAAGAUGGUGACUUCUCAAUUGUCACCUACCCCUAAUCCUGAGGUGCCUGAAAGUAUGGCAAAUAAUGUCUCCCUUAAGGCGCUAGAUGGAUUUUGUGAGGAGGGUAAUGUUGAGAAAGCUGUUGAGGUUUUGGGAUUGUUAGAAAAUCAGGGUGUUCAUGUGGAUUUGCCUAGAAUAUUGGGGUUAAUGAGGGUGUGUGGAAAGGAAAAGGCUUUAAAAGAGGCAAAAGCCAUUCAUGAGUAUGUCUUGAGAACACUAUCUCCUCUAAAGGUGAGCACCUACAACAGGAUUUUAGAGAUGUACUCAAAAUGUGAUUCUAUGAAUGAUGCAUUUGAAGUUUUUGACAAAAUGCCAAGUCGCAAUUUAACUUCCUGGGAUACCAUGAUAACAUGGCUUGCUAAGAAUGGUCUUGGUGAGGAUGCCCUUGAUUUGUUUAUGCAGUUUAAGAAAGCAGGGUUGAAACCUGAUGGUCAAAUGUUCCUUGGAGUCUUUUCUGCUUGUGGUAUCUUGGGUGACAUUAAUGAGGGAAUGCUACACUUUGAAUCCAUGAGCAAGGAUUAUGGCAUUAUCCCAUCCAUGGAGCACUAUGUAAGUGUAGUUGAAAUGCUGGGUAGUCCAGGAUAUCUAAACGAAGCUUUGGAAUUCAUUGAAGAGAUGCCAUUUGAGCCCAGUGUUGAUGUUUGGGAAACUUUGAUGAAUCUCUGCAGAGUUCAUGGACACUUAGAGCUAGGGGAUCGUUGUGCUGAGCUUGUUGAGCAGCUAGAUCCCUCCCGCUUGAGUGAACAGUCAAAGGUAGGCCUUAUACCGGUGAAAGCCUCUGAUCUUGCAAACAAAGAGAAGAAGAAGUUGUCCAGUGAAAAUCUUCUGGAAGUUAAGAGCAGGGUUCAUGAGUAUCGAGCAGGGGAUAGAUCUCACCCUGAGAGUGAUAAAAUCUAUGCAUUGCUAAGAUGUUUGAAGGAACAAAUGAAAGAAUUUGGUUAUAUUCCAGAGACAAGAUUUGUAUUGCAUGAUAUAGACCAGGAAGGAAAGGAAGAAGCUCUUCUUGGUCAUAGUGAAAGGCUUGCUGUUGUUCAUGGCCUCAUGACUACUGCAGCUCGCUCACCUAUUCGAGUAAUCAAGAAUCUUCGUUUCUGUGGUGAUUGCCAUACUUCAAUGAAGAUCAUUUCAAAGAUUGUUGGCAGACAGCUCAUAAUGCGAGAUGCUAAAAGGUUCCAUCAUUUCCAGGAUGGUCUGUGCUCUUGCAAGGAUUAUUGGUGAUCAGGAUGAAAUUUGAGAUGACUUGAAUACUUCAGAAGUGAUAGCUCUAGUAUCCAAUUUCUUCUUCGUGGCCUGCGAAUUGUGGCUUAUCACCAGCAAGCCAGCUGUUGUAAACCAGCUCUUAUAACUAUUAGCAAGCAAAAGUUUAUUCUUGAAGAAGCUCAAGCUAUGAACAAAUUGAGUGAAGGCCAGAUUAAAGGCAAUUUGAAUAUAGAGGAUAUUCCAACCUAGUCAGACACAACAAAAUUCUUCAAGGAAACCUGCCUGAAUAAUAUUCUUCCUGAAAAUGAUGUUUCUGCCACUGCUGGAUGGGUGCCCUGCUUUCUAGAAGAUUAAUAAUUUUUGGUUCUCUGUAUCAAUAGUGAAUUCAAAAUUAGUAAUCCUUUUUUCUUGUUCAAAUUGCUUGUCUUAUUUGUUUUUCUUCUUUUUGAUGUGAACAGAAUACCUAAUGUAUACCAACUCUUUCUCCAGUCCUAUUGAAUUCUCAUUUUCCAUGCAAUGUCAAGCUCUACAAUUCUUACAUAACGGCACAAAAUUGGACUUUGAAUCUCAAUUCUUUAAAAAUAUAAGAAGCUAUUUUAA